GACCAGCAGCAAGAAGCUGGGGUAAGUGUGGACGUCUGUGUAAGUGUGAGACCAUCAUGGUGGCAUUUAAAGGCGUCUGGACUCAGCCUUUCUGGAAAGCUGUUUCAGCAGAAUUUUUGGCCAUGCUAAUUUUUGUCCUCCUCAGCCUUGGCUCUACAAUCAACUGGGGUGGAUCUGAAAAGCCUCUGCCUGUAGACAUGGUCCUUAUCGCUCUCUGCUUUGGACUGAGCAUUGCAACCAUGGUGCAGUGCUUUGGACACAUCAGUGGUGGCCAUAUUAACCCUGCUGUGACUGUUGCUAUGGUCUGCACUAGGAAGAUCAGCCUUGCCAAGUCUGUCUUCUAUAUUGUUGCCCAGUGCCUGGGUGCCAUAGUAGGGGCAGGAAUUCUCUACCUUGUCACACCCCCAAGUUUGGUGGGAGGCUUGGGAGUUACUAUGGUACAUGGAGAUCUUUCCGCUGGCCAUGGACUCCUGGUGGAGUUGAUAAUUACAUUCCAGCUGGUUUUUACUAUUUUUGCCAGCUGUGAUUCAAAACGAAGCGAUGUCACUGGUUCAGUGGCUUUAGCAAUUGGAUUUUCUGUUGCAAUUGGACAUUUAUUUGCUAUCAACUACACUGGUGCCAGUAUGAACCCUGCUCGAUCAUUUGGACCUGCUGUUAUCAUGGGGAAAUGGGAAAACCACUGGGUCUAUUGGGUGGGACCAAUAAUAGGAGCAGUCCUUGCAGGUGCCCUUUAUGAGUAUGUAUAUUGCCCAGAUACUGAAUUCAAGCGACAUUUUAAAGAUGUCUUCGGUAAGGCUACCCAUCAGUCUAAAGGGAAGUACAUGGAGGUGGAUGAUAGCAGGAGCCAAAUAGAGACUGACGACUUGAUCCUGAAGCCUGGCACGGUUCAUGUGAUUGACAUUGAGAGUGAAGAUAAGAAGGGGAGUGAUCCAACCAAUGAGGUGCUCUCUUCUGUAUGACUAGCAAGGAGCACUGAAAGCAGAGAACGGCCUACUAGAAUGUCCACAGAUAUCCUUCCACCUAUUAAAGAGACAGAUCUACUGUAAACCAGACACCUGCAAUAUCUGAAAAUAUAUGGAGAUGACAGCAGCUAUGUAGUUGCUUCACCAAGCUAUACACCUGCUCAGUUUGAUUAGAACUUUACUAUAUUUAAGAGUCCCCAUAGAUUCUUCCAAAUUCAGAAAUAUCCUUUUUUGGGAGAGAGCAUCCCCAAAGUCAAUUUGAAAGAGCUGAUAGUAUUCCCAUUUUAAUAAGGCCAUCAAAAGCAAGAUGGAAAUAGAGAUGUUUAACAUUCAGAUUGACAGUUAAGACUUAUCUGCAAAUGCCUAUAGCAUGCAGACGUAUUUAUCAGAUUAUUCUUCUGACACUUAAUUGGCUGUUGUCAACCCUGAUUAGAAUGUCUUAUCCAUUAAGUGUUCUUUGCAAGGUUCAGUGACAAUAAUGCCAAAGUACAGCAUGUAACAGAGUCAUCCAAAUUUAAGGUAGCAUUUUUUGUUCUUAUAUAUCCUGACAUUAUUUCUUUACAAAUUCUGAAAAAAACUGUAUUUUCAUAGGCAAAAAUUGGUUCCUGUCAGUCAUCCUACCAAUUUUCAUCCAUUACAUAUCCAUGUUCUGGUGUAAAAAAUACUGCCUUCCUCCCAUUCCCCACAACUAAAAAUAUUGAAGCCAAAGGCUCUGAUCUACUCCAAUAAUGCUGUAAAACCUUUGAAUGUAUUGUAUGCAGGUUAGCAUAGUUGUCCAUCUGGUGAAACGUUGUCUUGAGGUUCAGCUAUUGACCAUUUAGUAUUAGCUGACUAUAGGUCAAGCAGGGAACCUGAAGGCCCACAUGUUACUCAGUAACUCAAGCAAAAGGAAAUAAAUGUUCAGGUAUCAGAAGAAAGGGAGGCGUUAUCUGUUUUCAGUGCACUUAUUCAAACAAAUAUCACCAUGCUAAUUUAUAUAACUAAACAUUUAAAUUACUCACCCACUUUGCUGACAAUUUUAUUUUUAUUUAUUAGCAAAAUAAAGGUGGAUUUUUAUUUUUUUUUAACUACAUUGAAGCACUGACUCGAAAAUAUUUGUAAUAACAGGUUGUAUUGAUAUGAUUGCUUUUGGUUUUGACUUUUUUUGCAAACUGGUCUCUAGUUAGUUGAACAGCGUCAAUGAUUGUGGCACUGUUCAUAUAAUCUUAUUCUUUCAUUUCUGUGGCAAAGUUUUCUCUGUUAAGUAAAUCUGACAGUAAGAAAUGCAAGCAUGUGAUGCUUUUUAGAGAAACAGGGAAAGGGAUGCCCCAAUGAUAUUACAUGCAAAAGUGCUUAAGUGACCAAUCCUUCCUUUAUAGAAGUGUUUCAACAGAGGUAGCUAACCCAACAUAAAACCUUUAUAGAAUCUUUUUAACAAGCUCAUGGCUUUGUUCCUAACUAGCUGCAUUGGAUUUUUUGUUGUUGUUUUUUAGGGUUUUUUUUGUGAUUUUGGCAAUAUGCUAUUACAGUGCUUGUUGGAACACCAUUUUCUGUUACCCUAGUUGUAUAGGUUAUAUCUAAAACUUGAAAUCUGUUCAUGAUUAUUUAACUACAGUAAAAAAAAAAGGUUGUGGAUUGUAUGUAAUAGACUUCUCUGUCCUUUGAUUUACAAUAUGUGCAAGUGUGUAACUCAUUAAAAUGAGUAAGAGGGGUAUAUGUAUGUAUAUAUAGUAAUGGGAUAAUAGACCACUGCUAAGUUCAAAUCUGUGCAUCAUUGCAUAAGGGCAUCUCUAUCACCAAUUUAUUUCAACCAGUAGUCCAGGCAUUAUCAUGCUAUAUUCGUAUUCCUGAUCUUGUCCUCUCUUUGAUAGCUUCUGUCUCUGUAGGAAAGGGGGGUAUUUUUCAUGAAUUGUAUAUAUCUGAUACAAGUGCCGCAUCAAAAGUCAAGAAUUCAAACAAAAGAACAUGCAAGACAAUUUCAAAUUGCAUUGAUGAAUGUUGCCAUGUGCUAAGGAUGAAAUCCAGAGGUAUAUAAAAUCAUGAGUGAUGUUGAGAAAGUGGAUAAGGAAAAGUUAUUUACUUAUUCCCAUAAUACAAGAACUAGGGGUCACCAAUGAAAUUAAUAGG